AUGGGUGCAACGGCGACGGAGCCGCCCUCGGUCUCCCUCUCGUUCGCCAACAAUUUCUGGGGCAAAGAUGACGCCGGCGUCGGUCCCAUGCUCGACCGCAUGCAUGCGGCCAAAGUCACAAACGACGAACUCAAACACUUUUACGCCGCGCGAGCAUCAAUUGAAGAAGACUAUGCACGAAAACUCCUGAACUUAUCGCGAAAGCCACUUGGAUCUUGCGAAACUGGCACCCUUCGACUGUCGUGCGAUGUCAUCCGAGCCGAGGUCGAAUCCAUGGGAAAGGCGCAUCAGAAUGUAGCCCACCAGAUGAAGACAGAGCUAGAAGAGCCUCUCGCAGCCUUCGCUGGUGGAAUGAAGGAGCGGAGAAAGAUUGUGCAGAAUGGCAUUGAGAAGCUGCUCAAGCUGAAAAUGCAGCAGACAUCGACCAUGAACAAGGCACGCGACAAGUACGAGCAAGACUGUCUCAAGAUCAAGGGCUUCCUAGCGCAAGCGCACAUGGUCAUGGGACAAGAAGAGCGCAAGAACAAGGCCAAGCUGGAGAAGACACAGAUCAACCUAGCCACAACGAGCGCCGACUACGAGGCCGCAGUCAAGGUGCUUGAAGAAACCACCGGCCGGUGGAACCGCGACUGGAAAGCUGCGUGCGACAAGUUUCAAGAUCUUGAAGAAGAGCGCAUCGACUACACCAAGAGCAGCUUGUGGAAUUUCGCAAACAUCGCCUCGACCGUAUGUGUCAGCGACGAUGCUUCCUGCGAGAAAAUCCGACUGUCGCUUGAGGACUGCGACGUAGAAAAGGACAUUACCGGCUUCAUCAAAGAGUCUGGAACUGGUCAGGAAAUUCCAGAUGCGCCCAAGUUCAUCAACUUUUGCAAGGGCGACGCAGAGACUUCUUCACAAGUCUCCGAGGACGAGAACUACUCAGUCGCACAAUUCGCCAGGACAUUGAAUCCGGCAUAUCGCGCUUCAUCGCCAGCGCCUUCCAACUUUGACUCGCAUCACGAUCCAAAUAACCCAUUGGCUCGAGAGAUGGGUCUCCAAAGGGACACACGUCCAAUCUUACCUGACGACAUUGAUGCUCUACCCCUUCAACCUGUAGAUAGCCGACGUCAGUCAAUGGACAGAUCGCGCCAGUCAAUGGAUAGGCCUCGCCAGUCGAUAGACAUGCCUCGACAGUCAGUAGACCGGUCUCGCCAGUCGAUAGAUAUGCCUCGCCAGUCAGUGGAUCGAUCUCGCCAAUCCGUCGACAGGUCCCGUCAGUCAGUAGAUAUGUCUCGGCAGGCGGCCGAGUCACCACAACCAUACAUAGACGAACCGCAACAAUAUGUUGAAUCUCCACGACAACAUAUCGACUCGCCACGGCAACGCGCAGAGCAACCGCGACAAUCACGGCAAUAUGUUGAACAGCAAAGACAAUACAUUGAGCAGUCACAGCAGCAUGUGGAGCCGCUAAGGCGAUAUACAGAGUCACCGAGGCUGCAGUAUGCCGAACCACCAAGACAGCAGUAUACCGAGCCCCCGAGACAGCAGUAUGUAGAGCCACCAAAGCCACAAUAUACGGAACCGUCUAGACAGCAGUAUGUCGAGUCACCCGAACCACAAUAUGUGGAACCACCAUAUGAGGAACCACCUCAGCAGCAAUAUGUCGAGCCACCCGAGCCACAGUAUACAGAGCCACCGAGAGAGCAAUACGUAGAGCCGCCUAAACCUCAAUACGUAGAGCCGCCCAAACCUCAAUAUCAAUAUGUAGAGCCGCCCAAACCGCAAUAUACAGAACCACCAAAACAGCAGCAGAUUGAGCCUCUACGAAAACGCGCAGACACACUGAGACAACGUGUAGAGUCACCACAGCCGAUGCAAUCUCCCCAAGCAACACGGGGAGUACAGCCAGACUCUCGACUCAUCCAAGCACAAGAGCAGGCACGUCAACAGUAUCAGCAAACUCCGGUACCCCUCAACGACUACCCGGCAGAUGGGAUGACUCAAUUCUGCCGCAUCGGUGCGCCAACUGAUCGAAACUCAAUUCCAAGUCCAGUGCGUCCUGCUAGUAGGAGUUCGCAGAGUGACUGUUCAAAUCCCAAUUCUUUCUCGAGUGUCGAGCCACCCAGUGGCUCUUGUUCACCUGGUAAGCCGAUGGCUGCGCCAUCGAUCCCUGAACCUAGCCCAAUUGAAGAGGGUUCAGUGCAGAAGAAGAGAGGGUUCUUCAACAGCCCGUUUGCGAGGAGAAAGAGCAAGCAUGAGAUCGAGCCUCCAGCUCUUGCGCCCAGCACCCGGAAAACAUGGACACCUCCCUCGCGGCGGAAUACCGAAGAGAAUAAUAGCCUAACAAAAAGCUUUGUUAUCAGGCCUACUCGGGCUAUUGAGAGCAAGCCACCUUCUCCCGGUCCAGAACCAGCUGAUCCACGGGCAAACUUCCAGCUCAACGUUGGUAACAAUGUAUUUGACGUUGCUUCACCGGACAAGAAGAAGCAGGAACCAGAGACUGAUGCGCAGGAAGAACUCGAUCCCAUUGCGCAGGCUCUUGAAGAGCUGAGGGGCGUUACCAAGCAGACUUCAGUCCGUCAGCCUGAAGAGCGCAAACAAGCUGCUGUACGCCAAACUGCAGAUCGCUAUCACGGUCUUGCCACACCGGCACCUCCUGCUACUCCUGCUGUCGGUUCAAAGCUGGCUGGCAGCGUACCUACACCACUUUCUAGUGCCAGCAUCACUGCGGCAAAAAGGGGCACGCCUCCGCCCUCAUACGAGCAGCCGCCCAUGUCCCGUCUGGGCGCCCCUAAGCCAGCACAUACAGCUCGCCAGAUGCAAAAGACCACACAAAUGUAUGUGAAUCAAAAGGUGAAUAUGUUCAAUGGGGGCGAUGCAGCUCGCCCUCCAAGCCGGAGCCCAACAAAGCAGGAGGCUCCCCGUACUGCUGCUGCUGCUGCUACUACUCCACAGGCUGCCUCCCCACGAACUGCCUCUCCAGCACCUGCACGUGCUGUCAGUCCACGACCAACUCUGCAAACGGCAAAACAAACUCCGACCCAGAAUUCCUACCGAACCACUCCAACGCAGCAACAACCUCAAUCGCCGUCAACCUAUCAGCCAGUGCAGCGACAGUCGACAAUUCCCUCACAGCCUGCGCAAAGACCACCAUCUCAAGCAUCUCAGCGUCCGCUACGUCAACAAGCAGCUGCUCAGCCAGUACCUCGGCCCGCAUCCAGACAACAAUCACAGCAGCAGAAACCAUCACCAGCUGCCCAGCCAGUACCACGGCCUGCAUCUAGACAGCAGGCACAGCCGCAGGCAACGCCACCAGCUGCUCAGCAGGCAUCACGGCCCAUGUCUAGACAGCAGACACAGCAGCAACCACCAGCUUCUCCCGCAGCUUCAAACAAUCGAACGGAGUCGCCAAAUCCCUAUGCUCCAUCUAGUGCUGGAGGCAGACCGCGGGCUCAGACGGGCAGUGCUUCGGCUCAGGCUUAUGGUACACCUAUGGGGCGUAACACAUUCACGUCUUCGCGUGGUCAAUCACCGGCUGUCAACAACACACAACCUGCUGCAUCACCCAAGCCUCUGCAGCAGAAACCUGUCCAACAACAGCAGGCCCCGCAGCCAAAGCCUGUACAACAGCAGCCUUCACCGCAAAAGCCUCAACCACCUCCUCAGCAACCCCCUCAACCAGCUUUUGCACAGGCCCAAUCCCGUCCACAAUCCCGCGCAGCCGCAUCUUCCAGAGCAGCAAGCCCCAACCCUCAAUUCCGUCAAUCCUUUGAUCGGCCUGGUAGCUCUCUAGGUAGCGAAAUGGCUCUGGCCCUUUCCACCGCGGGUAGCGAGCGCGGCGACGGCAGCGUCUACGGCGGAAGCCAGUACGGAGGAAGUGUGCGCGGCAGAGCCAAUACCGCCCGCCCGCAGAGUUCGUACAUGGGCAGCGAAUUUGGGUUCAAUGGUGGAUCCGGAAGCUCUGUGAGAGCGGAGUCGAGAGUGCGCAGUAAGAGUCUUGCUGAGCCUAAGAACUAUAACAGUCAGGGACGAUUGAUUUUGAAUUAUUCUCGUGCCAUGUACUCGUACGCAGCCCAGAUCCCAGAGGAACUCGGAUUCCAAAAGGGAGAUAUCCUUGCCGUGCUCCGUCUGCAGGAUGAUGGAUGGUGGGAGGCUGAAGCAGUGGGCAAGCAGGGUCGACCAGGUCUUGUGCCGUCCAACUACCUCCAGCCCUGCUAG